AUGGCAGGGCACGGCGCCAGCCUGCUCCUGCUCCUGGGUCUCAUGCCAGCUCUCCUCCUGGCCGUCAGGAUCAACAGCAAGGGCCGGGAGGUGCUGUACCUGGCCAAGGGCGACUCGGUGAAGCUGGGCUGCCCCUACGUCCUCGAGCCUGAAGACAACGGUCCCCAGGGCGUGGGUAUUGAGUGGAUCCAGAUCACACCCGAGCGGACUGGCCCAGAGAACGUGUUCCUGUCCUACCAUGACCACCACGUCAACUACGGCAGCGGCUCAGGACUGCAGGACCGGGUUGCCUUUGUGCAGAACGACCCCAGCCAGUAUGAUGCCUCCAUCCGCCUGGCCGACCUGCAGGUCUCUGACACUGGCACCUACCAGUGCCGGGUGAAGAAAAACACCGUGGCCGUGCAUGAAGUCAUCGUCACUGUGCAAGAGAAGCCAGCUACUCCACAGUGCUGGACCGAGGGGGAGCUGAUAGAGGGGAGCAGCAUCCUGCUGCGGUGCUACAGCCGGGGGGGUACCUCCCCACUCGCCUACCAGUGGGCCAAGCUGGCCGACGGCUACGGUGGGGGACGUCUGCCCUCCGGCACCAUCCAAGGACGUGCUCCUGGCGACCUGUUAAUCCGUAGCCUGACAGAGGUGCACACCGGUGUCUACCAGUGCCGUGUCACCAACCGUGUCGGCUACUCUGUGUGCCAGAUCAACCUCAACCUUGUGCCAAGAGGAAGGCAGGCGGGCAUCAUCACGGGCUCCAUCCUGGGCUCUCUGCUGCUCUUCAGCCUGCUCGGGCUCCUCAUCUGGGCUCUGAUGUGCCGCUACCGUCGGAAGGAGUGCCAGCGGACCUGCAGUGACUGCAGGAGCAGCACCGGCGGCACCAUGACCCGCCCCUGCAACGUCUGCACCCACCACAGCUACUCGCCCCAUGGCAUCAGCUACAUGCAGUGCCAGCACGGCGACGGUGACGAGCGGGCGGCCGCCCUCAUGUGCAACGAGGGCAUCCGGCACCAGGUUGCCUGCCCAGCGCUGUAA